UGUGGUUGAUUGCUAUUACAACUUAAGUUUUCUUAGCAAAAGGAGUGAGUAAUUUGAUUUCCUUUCCGUGAUGACUUUAACGAAGUCAUGCGGUAAUGAAUUGAGUGAUUUUGUGUGGCCGAUUUGUGCAUGGAUUUACUUGUAACAACUCUCGGAUACGUGUGUCUUGGUAUUGUUUACAGCCGAAAGGAACGUCAAAGUUAGCUGGACAGGGCGGAAAGCCUAAUUACUCGGGAGUGCUAUGAUCGCUUUGCAGAUGCUCAUGCUGUCGAGAAGUGCCAGAGCUGGAACCAUAGGUUGGUGAAAGAACCUACCGAUGGCUCCUCCAAAUGUUAAGAUCAAGCAUAUUACAAGGAGUCCAUCUAGUUCUGGAGACACUCGAUUUCCCAAACUAGAUGAGUGUGCACAUUUCCAUUAUGAAAAUGUUGAACUUGGACCCAUUAAGGUUCUGGUAUGUGAUAGGCUCACCGAUUCAGGAAAAUUGGCUGCCGUUUGCAGCUCCUCGGCCAACAAGGAAAAUGAACUGGACCGGCUCUGCUUCUUGGUCACUGUCAUCAGCAAUGGCCGCAAGUGGAUGGUGCGGAGGAGCUAUAAGAACUUCAUGUUCCUGGACACACAGUUGCACAGAUGUGUUUAUGACAGGAAGUACAGUCUGCUCAAAGAGCUUCCAAAUUUCACUCCCGAGGAGACAGAUUCUGAAGAAGCUGAGGAGAAGAUUCGAAAUUUGUUAUCUGAAUACCUUGAAAGAUUUUCACAACUAGCAGGAAGCUUAAUCAAUUGUGGACCUGUUCUCAAUUGGUUUGAGUUGGAUAACAGAGGCAACCGCUUGAUUGUGACAGAUGAAGUAGCCAUCAACACUCCAGCAGUUGCAGCUGCUUAUGUUGUUGUUCCGUAUUCAGCUCUGGCUACUGAUGAAAUUUCUUUCGAUGUGGGUGACAUGAUAUCUGUGAUUGAUAUGCCUCCUCCAGAGGAGUCUUCUUGGUGGAGAGGAAAAAAGGGAUUUGAAGUUGGGUUCUUCCCCUCAGAGUGUGUUGAAGUGAUUGGUGAUAAAGUUCCACAUUCUUUUAAGUUAUCCAGUACAUCUACAAAACCAGUGUUUAGGAGGCAUGGGAAACUGAUUGCUUUUUUCCGAUCCUUUCUCCUUUCACGGCCUUCAAGGAGAAAACUAAAGCAAAGUGGUAUUUUAAAAGAAAGGGUUUUUGGUUGUGAUCUGGGUGAACAUCUUCUCAAUACAGGGAGAGAAAUACCCAUGGUUUUAAAGUGUUGUGCAGAAUUCAUUGAAGACUUUGGAGUCGUUGAUGGUAUCUAUAGACUUUCUGGAGUCAGUUCAAAUAUUCAGAGGCUAAGGUUAGCUUUUGAUGAAGAUCGGCCAAUCAAUUUAGGAGAUCCUGCUACUGUUCAUGAUAUACAUUCUGUUGCAUCUUUACUAAAAAUGUAUUUUCGAGAGCUACCUAAUCCAUUAUUGACAUAUCAACUUUAUGAUCAAUUUGUAAAAGCUGUGCAAUCUCCCGAAGAAGUGCGUCUGUUAAGGGUACGUGAUGUGGUACAACAGUUGCCUCCGCCUCAUUUUAGGACCCUCCAGUAUCUCUUGAGCCAUUUGGCCCGAGUAGCCUCAUUUGGUGAACAAACAGGAAUGACCCCAAAGAAUAUUGCUAUUGUUUGGGCUCCCAAUCUCCUCAGGUCUAGAGAUGUUGAAAAUGGUGGUGUUGGAGCACUUCAUGUUGUGGGGGUGCAAGCUGUGUUAACAGAGUAUUUGAUUCGUUUUUCAGAUUUGAUUUUUGAUGAGAAAGAGCCCAUGCUUACUGGCAAUGAACUGGGAGAAGGUCUAAUGGUGCGUGCAAGACCGAAAUCUCUGGCAAUUUCUACCCCUACAAAAUUGCUGUCAUUAGAGGAGGCACGGGCAAGAGCAUUGUCCACUCAUCUGCCUCUAACUCAACAAAAGUACAUUGAAGUUGGUGGGGGGCCAGAUAAGUUGCCUCCCAAAUACCAUACAGUCAUUGAAUACCCACCAGGCCUACCAAAGUUAAAAAAAUCUCCUUCUGGAUGGAAAUCAUUUUUCUCUCGAGGUUGGUAUUCCGGCAGUGCUCGAGAUAAAAGCCGGCAGGCCUUUCGUACAUCCAGAAAAGCCAGCACUGGGUCUCUGCCACAUACCUCUGUGUUCCUACAGGAUAAACCUAUUUCUGAAACUGAUGCUUCCUGUAGCCAUAGGAAAAAACUGAGAACAGUAAAAAGUGCAGAAUCUCUUGUUCAUUGUGUCAAAGAAUCUAUUCAAAGUACAAAUAAAGAAGAUGUUUGUGGUGCCAGUAGUCGGAAAUCUUCACCUCAAGUGUCUAUAGAUUCGUCAAACUCUCUAGAAGUAACUUCUCCUUUAUCAAAAUCUCCUGGUCUGCAAAAGCACACAAGGUCUAGUUCUCAUGAGUCCUAUUUUGAAAGUAACAGCAUGGACAUAAUUUCUGAUCCAUCUUUUGAAGAAGAUGAUCAUGAUUUGUUUUAUUAUGUCAGUGAACAGAUAAGAAUGUUGCAAGACUCAGAUCCACUACCUUUGAAAACAGAUUGUUUUAUUUCUAAUAAGCAACAAGCAAUGGUAAGCAGUCCAGAAAAAUCAGAAGCUCCCCAAACAGAAUCCGAAAAAUGCAACCGAAAGCAAAAACUUGACAUUUCUGAAGAUUUUGCUCAAGCAAAAAUGCAAAAGCUUAAUGAAGAUAAAUUGGUAAGAGAAGAUAAAAUAUCUGUUCCUGAAAGUGACAUGCCGGAAUCAAAUGUAGGAGUAAUCUCAAAUUCACCAUCUGAAACCCAUCCCUUAGAAGAAGAACUGUCAAUUGAUCCCAUGGUAUUGUAUGAUGCCAUUAUCAACAAAAGAACAUCUGUUAUUUCAUCUUCAGAUAACGAAAACGAUACUGACAACAAAACCAUAGUAGAGCGUUAUGGCAAUGCCGAAACUGUUCUUGUGGAAGUUCAUGCCACCCAAGACAGUUCUUCUGAAGAAGAGCAGUUUAUUGUAGAUCCUUUGGUUCCUGUGUUUGAAUCUCAAUCUGUAUUUGAGAAUUUCGACCAAGAUUCAUCUCAGAAUGACUCUGGUAAUGAAAAUUCAGCCACUUGUUGCUCUGUGGAAAAAUCACUUACUGGUUUUGAGAUUAAAGAUGAGUCGGACUUUGAACUUUCCCCAUCAGCAAUUGAUGCAAUGAGCUAUUAUUGCCUAAAUCCACAAAUUAAGGAAAUGGAUGAUGUUGAGUGCGAGGAGAAAACUAUUACUGCUGUUGCUCAUAGUGAGUGCAAAAACAUCUCAGAUGACUCAGAAAUUCUGCCAAAUGUUGAUAUCAGAAAAAGAUCUGAUUCAAAUUUAGGAACUGCAAAGCUAUUGAAAAAUAAAUUAAACUUAAAAUUUGAUAUUGAGCUUACUGAUUCUUCAAAUAAAUCUGAUGAUUCAGCAUUUACUGUAAAUGCACCCCCAUCUCCGGUGUAUCCCUCAAAAAGCUUCCCAACUGUAGACUUCCAAUCUCUGAAAACAAAAAUAGAGACCAUACCUUUGCAUAAAAAGAAACAAAUUUAUAAUAUUCCUUCACCUUCUUCACCUGUAGAGGAAGUUCGGAAGAAAUUUGAGAUGCAAGCUACCUCCAAUACUAGGAAAAGUACAGAAUCUCCCCAUUCAGAUCCCAAAGGCAGAAGUAAUCGAAAUUUUGUUGCAAAGCAGAAAUCACAAGAUAUUUCUCCAACUGCAAAUGUACAUACUGAAGUUGAAAGGAGACGAUCUGAAAACUUAUUUUGUCAAAAAAGUGACACACAGAUACUGAAUAAAAGGUACUCUGAGCCUGCUGAAAAGCCGACAGAAACCAAAAUUACCACCAAACAAGUGUGUUCAAAGCCAGAAAAUGAAAGCUCUCCUAUAAAAAGUUCCUCUGAAAAACAAAACAAGUGCAAAGUUCAGCAGCCAAGUUUAUUUGCUCAGCUUAAAAUCAGAAAAAUCCAGUUAUUACAAGCUGAAGUAAAAACAACUCCGGUGGAUCCGUGGUCUGAUCCUAUCCUUGAUAUGCAAGAAGAUUACCAUCCUUUAGUUACGUAUUCUCAGAUUGAAAAUGCAGAAUGUGAUUCAGGGUCUAAUGAAAGAGCUGAAUCAAAAGAAGUUGAGCAUCAUGAAGAUGUAGGGCAUCUAGAAGAAUGUGUAACAGAGGAUAAGGAACCUGUGGCCGAGCAUAAGCCGGUGGUAGUUGACUCAAUGUGCGAAAUCUCAAGACUGGAACAGAAUGCUACUCAGUGCAUUACUGAAACUCAGAAAGAAAGUGAUACUGCUGUAAAUAUUGUAGAUAACCAGCACACUGCUGUAAAGCCUUGUGAUACUGAUACAGAAAGUGAAGCCGUGAAAAGGGAACGGAUUAAUCGAAUCAAAGAAGAACGUAGAGCCCAACUCCGAGAAAAGUUAAAACCAGAAAGUUUUCGAAUGGAAGCAGAAGAAAAAGAGAAGGUUCAGACUAAGUUCAGGUUACGGAAAGAUUUUUCCAAAUCGAGCGGCUCUGUUGAAAUUCAAGAUGAUAUCACGAAAAGUGACAAAGCUGUUGAGACAGACAAUGCAGACAUUAAGGAAGCAGGCACUAACUGUGAUUUAAGCUCUUCUUCUGAAUUGUUAACUUGUCGAUCUUCAGAUAAAAAAACUGAGCUAGGUAAACCAAAUGAAGGUAAGUUACAUAGAGGAGUAUCGAAGCAGAAAUCUUCCGAUGACUUCAUCCUCCAACAAAAUAAAUCAAAUGUAGGAAAGAAAUCUGCUCGUGCCUAUGAGGACAGUCGCAAGUGGUUAUCCAUGCCUCCAACGGACAUAAGGGACAGGGUUGCAAUGUUUGAACGUUCUAAAGAUACCAAGGAACUCUGUCGACUGGGACCAAAUGGCAAAUUUCCACAAAAACAGAGCCCAUCUGCACUAACAUCAUCAUUUGUGAGAUGA